CCCACCUUGUUCACUAUCGAGGCUGGUGUGUUGUUUUCUGAUGCCAUGUCACGUCUUAUUGUGAAGAAUCUGCCCGCGUAUCUCACCCAAGAGCGGCUGCGGAAGCAUUUCGAGACGUCUGACGGACCUGGGGGCACACUCACUGAUGUAAAACUCGUGCUGAAGCCCGACGGGACGUCGCGCCGCUUCGGCUUCAUCGGCUACAAGUCUCCCCGGGAGGCGGAACGGGCGAAGAAGUGGUUUAACAGGUCGUUCGUCGACUCGUCGAGGAUCACCGUCGACGUUGUUGAUGGCGCGAAGGACGCUCCGGCACCACGUCCCAACAAGCGUCCGAGGUUAGGCCCGUCGCCCGCGGAAGUCGAGGGGUCUGCUGAAGCCUCAGCGAACACCAAGACGACGAAGACCUCUACCAAGGACAGGUCGAAGACGGGCAAGCACGCCGACCUUACCGAUGAAUUCAUGCAAGUAAUGCAGCCUCGCAACAAGGGUCCUUCGUGGAAAGACACAGACCCUAUACCUGCACCUUUGGCGUCGACAUUAAAGGAUUCUGGUAUCGACGCAAAGAAGAGCAAGAAGUUGAAGAAGGGUAAGGAGCUGCCAGAAGCGACCGAAGAGAAGGUGGGCUCUGCAGACGCCUCCUCAACCACGGGCUGUUCCUCCAUGUCGGACACGGACUGGCUGCGGCGGCACACAAAAUCGACGCUGGACUCUGUGGACGUGCCGGAGAAAGUCUUCGAGCAGUCAGACGACGAGCUUAUGAAGGAUGACGAGGAGGACUCAGACGAUGAUAACGACGAUGAGACCGAACCUCUAGACUCGACGAAAGCGACCAUUUUGCAAACUUCACGACUAUUUCUCCGUAACCUCCCCUUCACCUGCACUGAAGAUGAGAUACGGGAGCACUUCCAGGCGCACGGCGAUGUGACCCAGGCACAUCUGGUUCUCGACCCGAAGACACAGCAGUCGAAGGGUCUCGCUUAUGUGACGUUUGCCAAGCCUGAACAGGCCGUGGCGGCGUACGAGGCACUCGACAAGACAUCGUUCCAGGGUCGUCUGCUACACGUCUUGCCCGCGGUGGAUAGGAAGGGAAAGGUGGAGGAUGAUAAGGGUGAGGGCAAGAAGCGGACAGUAAAGCAGGAUCGUGACGCGAAGCGAAAGGCUACAGCAGGGAAGGAGUUCAAUUGGGCCAUGUUGUAUAUGAAUAGCGAUGCAGUGGUCUCCUCUAUAGCAGACCGUAUGAAGAUCUCCAAAGCAGACAUCCUCAACCCCGAGUCCUCCAACGCUGCCGUCAAGCUCGCCCUGGCCGAGACGCACGUCAUCCAGGAAACGAAGACCUUCCUCGAACAGCACGGCGUCGACCUCUCUGCCCUCGACCCCUCUCCCUCAGGGCGGCGGCCCGCGCGCUCGGACCGCAUCAUCCUCGUUAAGAACAUUCCUUACGGCACGUCCGCUGCGGACGUGCGCGCCCUCUUCGAGCCGCAUGGGGAGCUCCGCCGCGUGCUGGUGCCGCCAGCGGGCACGCUUGCCGUCGUCGAGUUCGUAAACCCCGACGAAGGCCGCAAGGCGUUCCGUGCCGUCGCGUACCGCCGCAUGGGUAACUCGGUCAUCUACCUCGAGAAGGGCCCCGAGGGCAUGUUCAUCACGGAUGAGCCUAUCGCCGACAACGAAUCGGCAGCCCCGGCAGUCCCCGUCUCUGCGACGGGCGCGGCUCCCAUCGCUGUUGCGGAUGAGACCUCGGCGGCUAAUGAGUCGGCGCUCAGCGCGGGGACGACGCUGUUCGUCAAGAAUCUGUCGUUCAGCACGACGCCCGAGAAGCUAACACAGGUCGUAAGGCACCUCCCGGAUUUCGCGUUUGCGCGCAUCCAGACAAAGCCCGACCCCGCUCGCCCUGGGGCGCGCCUCAGCAUGGGCUACGGCUUCGUCGGGUUCCGCACGCUAGACGGAGCGCGGCGUGGCCUGAAGAGCAUGGACGGGAUGGUGCUCGAUGGGCACAAGCUCGUAGUGAAGUGGGCGGGACGUGGCGUAGAGGGAGAGAGUACGGCAGACAAGGAGAAGGUCAAGGCGCGCACGACGAAGAUGAUCGUCAAGAACGUGCCGUUCGAGGUGACCAAGAAGGACAUCCGGGAGCUCUUCGGUGCUCAUGCGCAGCUCAAGUCUGUGCGAUUACCUCGCAAGUUCGACCAUCGUACGCGCGGAUUCGCGUUCCUCGAGUUCACCACGCGGCACGAGGCCGAGCAGGCGUAUGCGACGCUCAGACAUACGCACUUGCUUGGGCGACAUUUGGUCCUCGAAUGGGCAGAAGAGGGUGACGUCGACGUCGACAAGCUCCGAGAUAAGGCGGGCGCUGGCUAUGGUGGCGGUGCGGAGAUGCCCGGGGAAGACAAAAUGAACGCAUCGUCAGAUCCCAUACAGUCGUGGACACCCACUCUGGUAGCCGAGAAGCUUGAUCAGGCGUUCUUUCCUGCGGGCUGUCGGCUCGAGAUGGCUUGUCGCUCAUCAUCUACGAAUAUAUUCUCACCUUUCCUGCUGAACACCGCGUAAUAUGGAGACGAAGACUAACAAUACCAACGGUUUUGUUCCUCCUCAAUCGCUACUGCCUUAUGUUGUUCGGACUGUCCAUUGCUCUGUGGGCAUUCGUUGUGUGGGAGGACGACAGCAGGUGCCGCUUCCCGGAUGUGUCGCAACAACUGUUCGGAACUCUCCUAGGAGCAACACAGGCAGUCUUCAUGGCUCUUCGCAUACAUACUAUCAAUAAUCGCAAAUGGUCCUGGACGACCCUCAUUCUACUCUUAGGGCUUAGUCCAGUGCCACCCAAUGUUAUAGAAAUGUUCAUGUCUCGGCCUAUGGCUCUGCCUUGGCCGCUUACAGGCUGCGCUCAGACGAUAUAUUCUGGAGGCAACUUGAAUAAUCCAGUUUGGACCAGAGUGGCGAUUAGCGUACGGCUAUGCGGUUAUGUUGCAAACUUUAUCGUUGUUGCCAUUACUUGGUACAGAACAGCCGGAAUAGCAAUCGCUGCCAGGAAAGCCAGAUUGAGGACAUCUUUAGUCUCCCUGAUACUUCGUGAUGGAACCACAUAUUUUAUAACAACUCUAAUCGUGGACUCUGUCAUAAUGUAUUAUGUGCUAACGCGGCAAGUAUCCCUAGGACUUGUAGCAGUCAUAAUUUCGUCAAUCCUUAUGUCCCGCUUCAUUUUGAAUCUUCGGACUUUGGAUCAGUCGCCAGUCCUCACCACCAUCUCUGCUGGCACACAGAUUGCAUCUUCCCUCCGUUUCGCGCAGGAUCCCUUCGACAACUUAGGGGAACCGCUGGACGUCGAUGACGAGGAUCACAAGGGGUUAGAUGACGAACAGGGGGAGGAUGACGAAGAGAGCCUCAUGACAGAAGGAUGGGGCGAUAGUAGGAGUCUGAGCGAGUACCACGCCGUUAACAGGUCGGAUUCGCUCGAUUUCUCGCAUGACCCGAUCACCAAACGGUUGGAUCACGAGUAGCUGGCUUGAUCAUAGUAGCAUAUAUGUAACACAACAAGUUCAGCACAGACAGCACAGAUACAGCAAAGAUACAGCAAAAAUACAAGCAACCUCGGUUAUCACCCUC